UCCUUUCUAGGGUCACCUACAUCACACCUGCUCCACUGAGAUCUGCGUCCUGUGUUGACCAUGCCGGGGUGGACCUGCCUGGUGACAGGAGCAGGAGGGUUUCUGGGCCAGAGGAUCAUCAGCUUGUUGGCUCAGGAGAAAGAGCUGAAGGAGGUCAGAGCCCUGGACAAAGUCUUCACACCAGAAACCAGGGAGGAAUUCUCUAAGAUGCAGACAAAAGCCAAGGUGACAGUGCUGGAGGGAGACAUUCUGGAUGCCCAGUACCUGAGGAGAGCCUGCCAGGGCAUCUCUGUUGUCAUCCACACCGCUGCUGUCAUUGACUACUUAGAUGCCAUUCCCAGACAGACCAUUGUGGAUGUCAACCUGAGAGGUACCCAGAAUCUGUUGGAAGCCUGUGUCCAAGCUAGUGUGCCAGCUUUCAUCUACACCAGCUCAAUUGAUGUUGCGGGGCCCAACUCCUACAAGAAGAUAGUCCUGAAUGGCCAUGAGGAAGAACAACUUGAAAGUACAUGGCCUGAUUCCUACCCAUAUAGUAAAAAGCUGGCUGAGAGGGCAGUGCUGGCAGCCAAUGGGUGCAGCCUGAAAAAUGGUGGCAUUUUGCAUACUUGUGCCUUGAGACCUAUGUAUAUCUAUGGGGAAAGUCCAUUCAUUUAUGUUACAAUGGUUAGGGCCCUCAAAAAUAAUGGUAUUCUGGAUGUUACUGGUAAAUUUUCCACAGUUAACCCAGUAUAUGUGGGUAAUGUGGCCUGGGCACAUAUUUUGGCUGCCAGGGGCCUACGAGACCCCAAGAAGUCACCAAGCAUCCAAGGUCAGUUCUACUACAUCUCAGAUGACACGCCUCACCAAAGCUAUGAUGAUUUAAACUUCGCUGUGAGCAAGGACUGGGGCCUCCGCCUUGAUUCCAGUUGGAGCCUUCCUCUGCCCCUGCUCUACUGGCUUGCCUUCCUGCUGGAAACUGUGAGCUUCCUGCUGCGUCCAAUCUACAACUUCCGGCCUCCAUUUAACCGCCACUUGGUCACACUGUCAAACAGUGUGUUCACCUUCUCCUACAAGAAAAUGGAGUCUGUGUUGAUGUCGGAGGCCCAUGUAACCAUCAAAGCCCACAUGAUGUCUGUGGUCUGGGCUGCCACCUGA